AUGAGACCCACCCUGACAGCAGACGGAUCAGGGUUCGCCUUCACCGCAGUCACCAGUCGCUUUUACGGCAGCGGAAUGAGUCUCGGAGGGCAGGAGUCUCUGCCCGAGCAGGGGGAUCUUGGCUGGCCCAAGCUCAACCUUGGACCGGAUAAAAUGGUAAUCGACCUCACGGAUCCAAAUCGCCCCCGGUUCACAUUACAGGAGCUGCGAGAUGUAUUGCAAGAGCGUAACCAGCUGAAAGCUCAGCUUCUUGUGGCGCAAGAGGAGCUGCAGUGCUAUAAGAGUGGGAUCAUCUCACAGAGAAGGGACCAAACUGAAGAACCGGAAAAAGAGGCCAGUGGCAGCAGCCCUGCCACCAGCAAGGACACCGCAGAGAAGACGAUCAUCAAAUGGCUGUUCUCUUUUAAACAUGGAAAAUGA